GUUCCGGCUCAUUCUGGUUCAAACCUCUGCUGAGAAUAUGCAGGAUUCUCAGAAUUGGUCCCUAACAGACAGCAUUUGCAUCCCCUGGGGACUUGUUAGAAAUGCAAAUUCUCAGCAGAAGUUUGAACUAGAAGGAACCUGUCAGAAGCCUUGAUUUGUUCUGGUGCAGUGGGGCAAUGUAAAAACUCUGAAAGUGUUCUAUUGGCCUCUCAGUGACUAAGGUUGGAUGAGUUCCCAGGACUGACAUGAUCUGAGGAACUGGCAAUACAGGUGUUGUUUUCCACUUAUGAGUCCAAAGGCUGCCUUCCAUCCUCGCUGGCAUUCUCUGGGGCAAACCCAGCUCACACCUUGCUGGGUGAGGGAGAAAAAGCCGGAGGCAUCAGGUGCCCUGGAUGACUUGGAACACAGAUAAAAGGAAAGUUUUGCUCAGGCACGUGACUGUGAACUACAAUUUAGGGAACUUGCAGCGUGAACAGUAGCUCCUGGAGACUGCUGUGGAGGUCACCCCACCCCGAGAAUGAAGCUGCUCAGGUUGCUGAUUUUCCUGGCCCACUGGGGAGUCCCCAGGGCUGAACAAGGGAAGUUCUGGCACAUCUCUGACCUGCACCUUGAUCCGGACUACAAGGUAUCCGAAAACCCUCUCCAGGUGUGCCCAUCGGCCGGCUCUCAGGCUGUAUUCAAUGCAGGCCCCUGGGGCAACUACCUCUGCGACUCUCCCUGGGUCCUCAUCAACUCCUCCAUCCAUGCCAUGAAGCAGAUCCUGCCAGAGCCGGACUUCAUUCUCUGGACUGGGGAUGAUACGCCUCAUGUGCCCAACGAGAAGCUAGGAGAGGAGGCUGUGCUGAAAAUUGUGGAACGCCUGACCAACCUCAUCAGAGAGGUCUUUCCAGAUACUAAAGUCUAUGCUGCUUUGGGAAAUCAUGACUUUCACCCCAAACACCAGCUUCCAGCAGGGAACAACAGUAUCUACAAUCAGAUAGCAGAACUGUGGAGGCCCUGGCUCAGUAAUGAAUCCAUCGCUCUCUUCAAAGAAGGUGCCUUCUAUUCUGAGAAGCUGCCUGGUCCAAACAUAGCUGGGCGAAUUGUGGUCCUCAACACCAAUUUGUACUAUACCAACAACGAGCAGACAGUUGGCAUGGCUGACCCUGGCCAGCAGUUCCAGUGGCUGGAAGAUGUGCUGACCAAUGCUUCCCGGGCCAGGGAAAUGGUGUACAUUACUGGCCAUGUGCCCCCAGGGUUCUUUGAGAAGACCCGGAACAAGUUAUGGUUCCGGCAGGCCUUCAACGAGAGGUACCUAGAGGUGGUCCGGAAGCACCAUCAGGUCAUCGCGGGACAGUUCUUCGGGCACCAGCACACCGACAGCUUCCGGAUGUUCUAUGAUGACACAGGUGUCCCCAUCAGUGUCAUGUUCCUCACGCCUGGAGUCACGCCCUGGAAAACCACGUUACCUGGAGUGGUCAACGGGGCCAACAAUCCAGGCAUCCGGGUGAUUGAAUACGACCAAGCCACACUGAGCCUGAAGAAACUUUCAGUGGCUCCCCAGUGCCUGCAAUAUAAAGUUGGAUCUCCUUGGCCUGGUACUCAAGGCCUCCUACACUCUGACCUCCAGCCCAUGCCCACCUUUUCCCUACACUGACUCAAGCUGGGCUCAAGCCAAAGCAGGCCCCCAACUCAUCAAGCGCUCCUUCACCUCCUAGGAUGUGCUUGUGUUUGUGGAAAUCACAAAGAAGCAUUAUUCUCUCAUUUAUUCAACAAACGUAUUAAGCAUCUGCCAUGUGCUAGACCCUGCUCUAAGCUCAGGGGAUACUCAAGUGAACAAAAACAGACCAAGUCACUGUUCUCCUGGAGCUGACAUUCUUACAGGAAGCAACACACAAGAACUAAGUGAAAUGAAGUAUGCCACAGAGAGAAGUUCUAAGGAGGAAAACGAAGCAGGGUGGAGAGACAGGGUGGUGAUGGGUAGGCUGUGUGUGUGCUAUGUUACACAAGUCGGCAGGGUAAAUGUCACAAAUAGAGUGGCAUUUCAGCAGAGUUCUGAGUGAUGUGAGGGAGCAAGCCACGUAGGCACCUGGGGAAGGAGACUGACAGCAAGUCAAAGGCCUCUUGGUGGGAACGUGCUUCGCAUGUUUAAAAGAAACCUGGGUACUUGGCACCAUUUUGCAGGAGGCGCUUGCACCAUUGCAGUGGGGCUAAGACACACUCUUUUUAUGUUGCUUUUUAUCCAUUCGUUCUGCAAAUAUUUAUAUGCCAGGGGGCUUAGCAUGAUAGAAAAUGCCCAGGCUGUGGGAUAAACAAGAAGAGCAAGGAGGCCAGUGUGGUUGGAGUGGAAGGUGGAGGGGAGACUAGGUGGGAACGAGGUCAGAUCACAUAGGCCGUGAUGAAGACUCUGGAUUGGGAGGGUUUAGGGCAGAAGAAUGAAAUAUUCUGAACUUAAUUUCACAAAAUCACCAUGUCUGCUGUGUAGGGGCAAAGGCAGAGGCAGGGGAAACAGUUAGGGACUAUAUAACCAGCUGAGAGAUGGGGGCUAGGCCCAGGGCUGUAGUGCGAGAGGUAAGAAGUGUCGGAUUCUGGGUGUAUUACGAAGGCAAAGCAGACAGGAUUUGCUGGUGGAUUGGAUAUGAGAGAAAGAGGAGUCAUGAAGGACUCCAAAGUUUUCAGCCUGAGCAACUGAAGGAUGAGGUUGCCCUUUGCUGAGAUGGAGUGACUGUGGGAGGAGCCAGAAUUUUCAGCUUUGGGCCUGUUAACUAUGAGAUGGCUAAAUGGCAUACAAGAAAAUGCCAAGGGAGGCGGCAACUGGAUGUCUGAGUUGGAGUUUCAGGAAGAGCAACAUACAGAGAUUUGAUAUGAGAGCUAAGAGCAUCUAGAGGACAUUUAAAGCCAGAGACUGGAUGAGAUAACCAAGGUCCUUGAUUCUGAGGAGGAAAUGUAGAUAAAGAAGAGGUCUGAGGAUUUUUAAGAGUAUGGUCUGCCGCUCACACAGGCACUCAUAGAAUCUGAGCACAGUCUGAAGAAUCCCCACCCAGCCUGUAACAUGCCCUGCAUCCUUCUCAGAUAGACCUGGGUUUUAAUCCUGGCUUAACCAGACAUAGACUUUUUGAUCUCUCUGUGCCCCAGUUGCUUCAUCUGUGAAACAGGAAUGACAAUACUCUCACAGGGUUUUGAGAGGACUGAACGGCUAAGGUACUUGGAUGCUAACAGAAGGACUGGCAGUUUGAGUCCACCCAGAACCGCCUCAAAGAAAGGGCUGGCGAUCUACUUCGGAAAAAUCAGCCAUUAAAAUCCCUAUGGAGCACAGUUCUACUCUGAAACACAGAGUCUGAAUCGACCUCAACUGUUUGUUUUUAAAUGAAAUAACAUAUGUAAUGUGCCUGGCAUGCAGUUGCUGUUCAUAUAUAGCAGUUCCGUGUACUCUAUCUCCAGUGACCUGAAGCAGGUAUACAUACAAAUUUAACCCGAAAGUGUUGGACAGAGAAACUGUCUUAGUCAUCUAGUGCUGCCAAAACAGAAAUACCACAAGUGGAUGGUUUUAACAAAGAGAAAUUUAUUCUCUCACAAUCUAGCAGGUUACAAGUCCAAAUUCAGGGCACUGGCUCCAGGGGAAGGCUUUUUCUCUCUGUCAGUUCUGGAAGAAGGUCCUUGUCCUCAAUCUUCCCCUGAGGAGCUUCUCAAGCGCAGGGACGCGGUGUCCAAAAGUCACGCUCUGCUCCUGCUGCUGCUUUCUUGGUUGCAUGAGGUCCCCAACUCUCUGCUUGCCUCCCUUUCCUUUUAUCUCUUAUAAAAGGUGGUACAGGCCAUACCCCAGGGAAACUCCCUUUACAUUGGAUCAGGGAUAUGACCUAGGUAAGGGUGGUAUUUCAAAUCCCACCCUAAUCCUUUUCAACAUAAAAUUAUAAUCACAAAAUGGAGCACAACCACACAACACUGGCAAUCAUGGCCUAACCAAGUUGAUAUAUACGUUUUUGGGGGGACAUGAUUCAAUCCAUAACAGAAACUCUUCCAGAUUCUAGUCCUGAGGAUGCACAGGAGUCCCAGGGGUCUGGAGUGUAUCUCAGUUCCCACCAAGUUCUACUUGGCCUGUGGUUAAUCCCACUGUUUAUGUUGCUUUUUAUCCAUUCAUUCUGCAAAUAUUUACUAAGCAUCUUUUAUGUGCCAGGAGCUUGGUGUGACAGAAAAUGCACAGAGUGUGGGGUAAACGACCUGGGUUCCAAUCCCGGUAGGAUCCUGGCCAAGUGAACCAACCUCUUUAGGCCUCAGCUUCCUCAUCUGCGAAAUGGAGAUAAUAAGUGCAGUUAUCUUAUCAGAUCCAAUCUAAGAAUGUCUGCCAAACAUACUUAAAAAAAAGAAAAACCAAAAAACCGGUGCCUUCUAGUUGAUUCCAACUCACAGAGACCUCAGAGUAGAACUGCUCCACAGGGUUUUCUUGGUUGUAAUUUUUACUGAAGCAGACCACCAGGUCUUUCUUCCUUGGUGCUGUGGGUGGGUUCACACUGACAACCUUUAGAAGUCAAGGGCAAACAGUGUGCGCCACCCAGAGACCUUACCAAUAAAUGCUCAAUAACUAAUGGUGGUUAUUUUGGCUGUAAAGA